GAAAAGUCGUUUGAAUGUAAACAGUGUGGGAAGUGUUUUAGUGUAGCAGGAAACCUAAGGAAACAUGAAAGAGUCCACACUGGGGAGAAGCCUUAUGAAUGCAAACAAUGUGAGAAGUGUUUUAGUGAAGUAGGAAACCUUAAGACACAUGAAAGAGUCCACACUGGGGAGAAGUCGUAUGAAUGUAAACAAUGUGGGAAGUGUUUUAGUCAAGCAGGAAACCUUAAGACACAUGAAAGAGUCCACACUGGGGAGAAGUCCUAUGAAUGUAAACAAUGUGGGAAGUGUUUUAGUCAAGGAGGAAACCUUAGGACACAUGAAAGAGUCCACUCUGGGGAAAAGUCUUAUGAAUGUAAGCAAUGUGGGAAGUGUUUUAGUUUAGCAGGAAACCUAAGAAGGCAUGAAAUGGUCCAUACUGGGAAAAAGCCCUAUGAAUGUAGGAAAAACCGUAGGAAACAUGAAAGAGUCCACACUGGGGAGAAGCCUUAUGAAUGUAAACUAUGUGGGAAGUGUUUUAAUGAAGCAAGAAACCUAAGGGCACAUAAAAGAGCCCACACUGGGAAGAAGUCGCAUGAAUGUAAACAAUGUGGGAAGUGUUUUAGUGUUGCAGGAAACCUAAGGAGGCAUGAAAUGGUCCAUACUGGGGAAAAGCCAUAUGAAUGUAAACAGUGUGGGAAGUGUUUUAGUGAAGCAGGAACACUAACAAGUCACAAAAGGGUCCACACUGGGGAGAAGCCUUAUAAAUGUAAACUGUGUGGAAGUUGUUUUAGUGACGCAGGAACACUAAAGAAACAUGAAAGAAUCCACACUGGGGAAAAGCCAUAUGAAUGUAAACUGUGUGGAAAGUGUUUUAGUCGAGCAGAAAGCCUUAGGAGACAUGAAAGAGUCCACACUGGAGAGAGGCCUUAUGAAUGUAAACUGUGUGGCAAGUGUUUUAGUGAAGCAGGAAAC